UAAAAUCUAAGUUAAAAUUUAUUUUUUUUCUCUUUUUGCUACAAAAUUUCCGUUGAAUCAAACUCCAAGCCCGCCAAAAAGCCAAUGUAAAUUAAAAGUGAACAAAAGAAUUUUCGCAUAAUGAAUGGUGGACCCUGUCCUAGAUGCAGCGCACUACUACAGCCAUGUUGUCGCUGCGGAGCAAUACCGUCAAACUUCGCCUUUCUCAGAAAAGUGCUGAAUAAACCGAAGAGGACCCGAAGUUGUCGCCACAAGAGACCACGAUGUGUCACAUUGGCCGCAGGGGGGGACAGUAUUGAUUGCCUGUGCUGUUUGGACGAAAAUUUGGCAGCAAGCAGUGAUCGUCGCCUGCAGACAUGGCAACGCGAACUGCAAUUGCGCAACAACAUAGCCGAUCGACUCGUGCAACGUACCGGCAAAGCAUACUGCGAACUGCUCUUCAAUCGCAGCGUCACUGUCAAUGGACGCGACAAAUCGAUGACGCAGCGACUGUUGGCGCAUGCGGAGAGCGUAAACCCGAGAGCACAUCAUAAAAAAGCUGCCUUCACGGAUUGUUUUCCAGAUGGCUGUUGUACAAUGGAGCUGAUUUCCACACAACCUGCUAAACAGAGAUAUUUUGAAGUUUCUGGCCUGCCAGCGGGUGUAAAAUGUGAGCUCAUCGGCGAGAAUUGCUGUGUACGCCGAUCCGGUUGGGUAACCUCGCGAGCAGUACAGGAAAAUAUUGCCGCCAAAGUCAAAGACAUCCGACGUGUGCUACCAUUUUUCCCAGACAUUGAGUACUUGCAAAUUAUUGGCAGACAAAUGACACUUUACGAAAAGCCAGUAGACUUUGAUGAAUAUGCUUGUUUGAAGGAAGUGGUUGACCAGGAAAUUAUCGAUGAACCUUGCACCAACGAAACCUGUCCGAUCAAUGCGAAUAUUGCGCUGGCAGUAGACUCGGAGGAUGGUGAAGUUGCGACGGAUGAGAAUGCGCUGGAGGUCGAUGGCGCUGAGCAGCAGAAGGAAGCGGUCGAAAAUGUGAUGAAAUCUGAAUUGCAUGAAAAUAUAGACGAAAAUAUGGCAGCGCUGGCAGCUGAUGAAAAAGAAAGUAGCGCCAUAAGCUGCUCUAACAGCGAUAUGGAUUUUUACAGAGAGCUUCUUUCGAAUAGAGCGAAAUGUCACGAUAUCUUCUACAGACCUUAAGGACGUGCUGUGCUCAAACCUUGCUAUCAAAUCGUCAACUUGAGUAGGCGGAGGAAAUUUAUGCGCCUGAUGAGUGAAAGGUGUCUAUUGGAAAUCAAUAUUGGGCUUGUAGAUAAAUUUGCUUCUACUGCGACAUCACAACCUGCGGAUAUCUAAUAUAUUUAUUGUUGAGGACUAAAGCAUAACCUUUGUCAAAAGUUGUUGUUGACUACAACUACAAAAACAAUUUAUAAAUACUUCAGAAAAAUGUUGCUUGAGCCACAGUCCCAGGAUAUUCCAUUGCAGCGGUCCACUUUUUUUGCGAAUAGAAGUGCACCUUAUUUUGCUUUCUCAACAUUGGAAUCACUCUGUAUAAAUAUUUUGCCAACUUUUGUUUACAAUUCAAAAAUCU